CGCAUGCGCAUUGAAGGGAAGUACUGGUUCGCGCGUCUCGAGCGGAGUCGUGUAAAAAAGCCCCGUUUCUUGGCGGCAUUUGACAUCGCGAGAGCAGAGGUCAAGCGGCGGUAAAACUGUUUCCCGACCGGAGAAAUGGCCCCGAAGCACGACACUCAGUUGGAGAAAGUCAUCGAUGAGGUGCUGAAGAGUAGGAAUGUCCAAGCACUGGAUGCGUUCCUGCAAAGGAACAUGAAUAAAGAGGCCCCCAUAAAAUGUUCCGGCCAGUUUCUCUCCAAAUUGGAUAAGCUUGUUUGCAGGAGUUUGGAUCAAAAGGAUUCCAAGUCAGCCAGUUUGGGCCUUGCUAUCCUUUGCAAAUGUGGGAAAUACAUGAAAGUACCUGGUGGUUGUCAAGGGCUGUCAGGAUUAAUAGCUCAAGGCCUGCUGGAAAAGAUGGUACAGUGGUUUGAGAAAUGCAGGCAACUGUGGAUCCAGUGUGGCCCACAGUGGCAUGAGGCAUUGUACAAUCUGUCUGAGGAUUUCUUUGAUGCCUUAAUGGUCGUUCAUGAAGCAUGUAAAGAGGAAACAAGCAAAAUAAUAGAGUCCUUCCUGUAUCCUGUUGGCAAACUGGCAGUGGACCCCAGAGUCUACAUUCUCAUCCAAAAAGAGGCAAUUCGUAAAUUUAACUCAAUUCUGGACAAAAUACCGGUAGAGCUUAAGAAGGAAAAAAAGAUCCUAACAUCACAGGAGGCCUCAGAUAUCAUGAUGAAAUUAGCUAGUCAGAUAUUGAAGGGCGGUGAUUACGACUUGCAGACAGCCCUGAUUGAGGCACUGUGCAGAAUGGCCACUGCAGACCAGAGGAAGGAGCUGGCGAAUCGAUGGUUCAGCAUGGAGUAUGUGGCCAGUGCCCUGGUCAAGAUCCGCGAUUCAGAGUUUGAAACGGAUUGUCGCAAGUUUCUGAACUUGGUGAAUGGGAUGCAGGGAGACAAGAGGAGAGUGUACUCCUAUCCUUGUUUGGAGGUUUUUCUGGACAAGCAUGAGCUGCUGAUGCCUGCUGAUGAGAAGCUUGAAGAAUUUUGGAUUGACUUCAACCUUGAAAGCCACAGCAUCUCCUUUUACUUCUCUUUGUCUGAUGAAGAAGCACAAGAGGGCCAGUGGGAAACAAUAUGUAUCAACGAGAAUGAAGUCCAAAGCUACACGGUUACAGAGGCGGGCAAGAGGAAGGUUUUGCAGUUACUGUUGUCAGAGAUGGUGGUUGUGGGUGAGGUAGAAGGAUCGAGUCUUACCAUCCACUUCAGCUCCUCGCUGGACAUCCUGCAGGCUGCCCGUACAGUCUAUGGACACCGCAAAAACAAAAACUUUGUGGGGAAGAUGGGCACAUCGGUAGUAAAGACUACAGUAAGAAUUACAAUGAAAGACGAGAUCUCCCAGGUCGUUCCAGAGAGUCAGAUGUCCCCUGGUGAAAGUGAGACAGAUACUGCCCCCUACAUUUUACCCCCCCAGGCUGCAGCUGCUCAGAUGGUGACCCCCUGCAAGAGGAGACUUUCAGAGUCUACCACCUUCAUCAGCAGCAGUGCAGGAGAAAGAGUGCAUGGUGCCGGUUCCUUCUCUGCUGUUGCGCCCUCAAAACCGUCUGCCAAGGGUAAAGGGAAGCCAUCUCUGGAGAUGGUUCGUCCAUGUUAUAGGCAAGAUGAAUUGCACCUGGGAGAGCAAAGGACAACUGCUGCUAAGACCUGCAGUAAUGGCACGUCUAACAGCACAAUAGCAGGCGGCAUGUCCGAGCAGAAUGCUUCGUCUCUACGGAGCAUGGCUUCCAAACAGUCCAGUACGAACAAGGUUGGCAAACACAAAAAGAACAACCCAUUGGCAGAAGUGGCAGAUAUGGUUCUCUCUGGAUGUGGAGAAGAGCAGUCUCUGGAGUGUAGCGUUGUCCCCGACACACAACCCAGACAUGAAAUAAGCAUAAAUGUGAGAAAAUGUUCAGUUACUGAAAUGAUCACACAGAAAAUCAAUUCUCUGCCAAGACCCGCGCAUCGUUCCAGUUUUGAACAACAGCAGGACGCCCCGUCAUCAGCACAGCGAGUGUUACCUUCAGGCUCAAGCCCAAGCAGCCACAAGCAACUCCAUGCCGAACUCACCCAGCGCCUGCAGAAGGUCAUCAGUGAGAGGAAAGGCAAUCCGGCGCCACAGGAGCAGUUUGCACCCCGGAGAAAAAAAUCGAUUGAUAUCAGAGGGGACUCUGAAGGCGGAGGCUCUGCCGUUCAGGUUCGGUGCGCUGCCGGACUUUUUACCCCCAAAGAGCAGCAGACCCAGAAACGUGGCCGUGCCAAAGGGAGGAGCAAACGCCCCAAGUCACCGGAGGCAGAUGCUGCCGUGAUGAAAGAUCCGGCCAAGACCUCCGCGUCUAAAGCUCGGAGGAAGAAAGUUCCACCCACUGUUACUGUUGGGCCUGAUGCUGUCCUAUCAAACAGAGAGACGAGAGAGGCAGAGGUUGCAGGCGGCCUGGUGAAGCUCAGCUCUAGUCAUUAUGAGGUCAGCACCCAAUCCACAACUAAAGACACUGCAGGAAAGAUCCCUAAGAGCUGGAUUCCUCCUAUCGUCAACAGGCCUAUCUUCAACAUGAGCUGGUUGUCAACUGUUAAAAAAGAUGGGUCAAGAGCUGUAAGCCUAAUGAAAUCAUACAGCAAAACCACGGCUAACUACACCCAACAGAGAAAAGAUAUUUUUGCAUUCAACAUUGAUGCACCGUGUGCCACGGGAGAGAACAAAACGUUCCCUAACACGUCUUCAGCCUGCAGCAGUGGCAUCCGUGACUCAACAGCAUUCCCAAGCGCAGCCAAGAAAGCACAACCUGUGGCAAAAGAGAAGCGGUACGUGAAAAAGCAUCUCUUCAGUGACAUGGACUAUAGCACCACAGAUGUCAGCUGGCUGAAGGAAUCGUGCAGGAAACCCAAACCUAAAGUUAUCAAAUACUCCAGACAGGCGCCUGACAAGCCUAGACCACUGUCGCUUCAUACUUCGUAUGAAUCCCCAGAUCAACCCCCAGCCUCUCGAAAACCUGUAAAGGGCAAUACCAAACUCAGCAAGAAGAGACCAGACGAGAAGGUGAGAGCGGAGCAGCCAAACCAGGCGGUGAAGGCAGCACCAGAUAGACCGCAUGCUGCAGCCAGAAGGCCCCAGAGAGCUGCAGCCAUCUUUACCAAGAGCUACAUGGAGCCGGAAACUGAUGACAGCCUAUCAGAGUUCGAGCAUCCUGCUGUUUCCAAGACAGAUCUCCCUGUACUUUCAAAUCAACACACCUCCGCUCAUUUGAAGAAUGCUGAGAGAACAAACAAGGCUGCUCCAGUGACAAAGAAAAAGGCUGCCAGCAAACAACAGACCGAAAGCUGCAUACCAGAGAGCAACCAUCGUAGCAGCAAGUCUAUGUUUGGACAGCCACCCACUUCCACGGUAGAGGCGACGACUGAAAAGACCCUUUUAGAGGUUCCAGAGGUACAGAGGAGAAAAAACACCUCAGCUGAGCGAUCCAGAGGUGCAUGCAGGAGAUCUGACAGCAACAACCAGUCAGAUGUGAAGAAGCCAUUGGGUCUGAAGAAGCAGAGGCGUGAGAAUGUACUUUCAGAAACUUCCAAGUUAAAGAAGAAAAAGGUUGUCCCUGCCCAAGGACAAAUGAACAGAUUGAAGGAUUCCUUGGCCGCCCGUCAGAUCUUCUUCAGUCCUUCCCCUCCUUUGAUCGAGAGGAUGAGAUCUGCUGAGGGGUCAGCCCCAACCCUGGGUUUUACCUCCUCCCCUCUCCUCACCCCGCGGGGAUCCCCGCUCCCCGCCUCCCCUGACCCGCUCCACGAGAGCACCCCCUCACCCAUCCUGCUGCUACCUAGACCUCGCUCUACAGUCAGCAGUGAAGGAACCACCAGGCCCUCCUCUUUCCACAGCGCGAGUGGAGCAAAGCGCAGCUCAUCCAAGGCUCGAUCCAACCAGUUUUCACCCCCUCUCCCCUCACUGACCCCAAUCGCUCCAACCGCUACACCUGCUGCUCCCACUGGGCCUAGUGCGGCAGAGAUGAAUCCGAGCGAGCGGUGUCUUUCCUCGUCACCUUGCUCUCCUGUUUCUCGGUGCGCUCGGCCCCUGUUGACAUCCACGCUUCUCGAGCAGGACAAGCCGUCCAUGCCGUCCAUACCGUCGCCUCCUCCGUCCCCUGAAGAUUCCGUCAACCACGGGAGCUUUUAUGGCUUCAGCAAAGUGUCUCCAGUAUCUUGGGUUUCGUCCUCUCAGUCUUCAGUGCGUACUAGUAGGGUUAAGACCAGUCCCACUACCAGCCUCGCUGGGCCUUGUAAAAGAGAGAAAACGCCGCCUUCAGACCGGAGCCGCAAGUCUGAGCAGCUCCGCUCAGGACCCAGUCGCAAGCGCCACGUCUCCACGUCCAGUAACUCCGAGGACGAUGAAAAGAGAAGGACGAAGAAAAGCAGGAUGCGAGAGCAGCGCUCUCCUCGAAUGAAACCGAGGAAGUUGUUCAAGUCCUGCGAGGUGAGCCGUGUGACGUCUGCUUCCCGACCGACGAGCUCCAGUCACUGGGAUGCCGAAGUGGUCAAGGGAGAAAUGGACAUUGAGGAGGAUUCUGAGUUCGCCAACAUAUCUUUAUUCCGGAAUAACAUGUGCAAGCAGUUGAAGAAGAAGUUCCAGCUCCAUAAAGAUAUGGUGGAAGUUUACAACAAGCAGUCCUUGAAGACCUUCCAACAAUAUGUCUCCUCCCUCAACAUGCAAGUUACCAAUUACAGGACUCAAAGGCUGGAUAAGGUUCAGAAGGUCCUCUUGGAAGCGAUCCAUAGUCUGGAGCAGGAUGACGCUGUGCUCGAUGGCAUGGAGAAAGACCUGACUAUGUUCUGGAAAAAGCAGGCCGUGACUUUCCAUUCCUACCUGAAGCAGGACACCAAGAGAAACGAGGCCUUGAAGAACACCCUCCAGAGUAACAUGUGUCACAAUGUGGAUGAGCAGGAAAUAUUCACAUCCCAGAUGUGCAUGAUACGAGACAACAUGAAGUCAGUCCAGGACCGACUCCUCAGCGAGAUGGUUAGUGGACACAGGACACUCUUCUGCGUGGAUCAGAACAGAACAAUCAGGCUGGUUUUCCCUUUGUGUCCUUCACUCGUUCCACAGCCUUUGUAGAACACGCAGCCUUGACAGAAUUUAUGACUCAGUUCAUUUUAAUGAGGCGUCUUUUUUUGGCUUAUUUGCAGCAAGAAGUGGACCUCCAGAGUGUGAAGACAGGCCUGCAUGCUUUCUUUUUCCCCUGAUGGAGCCUUAGUUUUGGGCUGAACAAAGUCCCGCCCAGGGAUCGCUACAAUAUGAACAUGGUUGUGUGUUUCACCACAUGAUGUACACGUUAGUGUGUACUUCCACUGUGCUGGUUUCAUUUCAGAGGGUUCGCACUGAGUACUGAUUCUUCCAGGUUCUGCUUCAAUUGUACUUGGAUGUGUUUGGUUUAUUCUGAAGUGGAUGUAUUGUUGCUUUAUGUUUAAUAUAAUUAGAAAUGUUUUUCUGAUAUUAAUUAUUUAAUGACAUUUUUUUAGUGUUCUUUGAAAGUAAGCACAGGUAAUAAGCGGUUGGGCUCUGUCACAUUUUUAAUACAAAUUCCUGAUUUAUUUAUGUAUACUAGUAAAGUAUGGAAAAUUGCCAAUUCAUUAAACAAUGAAAUUGUUAAAUCUA